GAGACAUGUUUCACCCCAAUCACACACACACACACACACACACACACACACACACACACACUGGAUGAAAGGCUGGUGGCAUUCAGAGGUCGCUGCCCAUUUAGGCAAUACAUGCCUUCCAAACCAGCUAAAUAUGGGAUAAAAAUCUGGGCAGCAUGUGAUGCAAACACCAGCUAUGCAUUGAACAUGCAGGUUUACACUGGAAAGCCGGUUGGAGGAGCCCCAGAGAAGAAUCAGGGCACAAGGGUCGUGCUCGACAUGGCACAGGGUCUCAGGGGACAGAACAUAACCUGUGACAAUUUUUUUACAAACUACAACUUGGGUCAGGAGCUUCUAAAGAGAAAGCUCCCAAUGGUCGGAACUGUCCGAAAGAACAGGGCUGAACUCCAUGCUGAGCUGCUGGUAAUCAAGGACAGGGCCCCUCAAUCUUCCAUGUUUGCCUUCACAGACACCACAGCCCUAGUGUCUUACUGCCCAAAAAAGUCAAAAAAUGUUGAGCUCAUGAGCACUCUGCACAAAAAUGCUGAAAUCAGCACAAGAGAGGACCAGAAACCAAGGAUGAUCCUUGAUUACAAUGCCACCAAAGGGGGGGUAGACAACUUAGACAAAGUGACAAGGUCCUACAGCACCGAACGGAUGACUGCGCGCUGGCCAUUGGUCAUCUUUUAUAACAUGAUUGAUGUAUCAGCCUACAAUGCAUUUAUCAUCUGGACGGAGAUAUUUCCUGACUGGAAUGUGUCAAAGCUGUACAAGAGGCGCAUCUUUCUCGAGGACCUGGGGAAGGCGCUUGUAACACCGCACAUCCAACGGAGGCAGCACCUGCCAAGGACCCCAGCCGCUGCAGCCACGGUGAAGGAGAUCCAGGAGAGGACUGCAUCAAGUACACCAAUGCGUGUAAGUAAGUAA